AUGUCCACGGACAAUCACAACAUGUUUCCCUCGAAGGACAUUAUUACGCCAGUCCUAUGCGGCGACAAGCAGGACAACCCACACUCGGCUGUUCUCCGCCCCGCUGGUCUCUCAGCCGCCAUCCGCCUCAAACAACUUGCCAAUGAGGCCGGAAACGAGGACUUCCGCGUCCUGCUCCUCGAGAAGGCUGGCGAAAUCGGCUCCCACAUCCUGUCCGGCGCUGUCAUCCAGCCCAAUGCCAUCGAAGAACUCUUCCCGGACUGGCUGGCCGAGGACAACGAGUCGCGCUUCGACGGCGCUACCCCGGCUGGCGACGACCACAUGCGCUUCCUGACAAAGUCAAUGGCAGUGCCCAUCCCUGCCCCGCCGCAGAUGCACAACAAGGGUAAUUACAUCCUCAGUCUCAACCAGUUCACCAAGUGGUUGGGCGACCGCGCCGAGGAGGUCGGCGUCGAGGUCUACCCGGGCUUCAGCGCCAGCGAGGUGCUGUACAAACCCGAUGGGAGCGUCCUGGGCGUCGCCACCAACGAUCUGGGCAUUGGCCGCAGUGGGAAGCCCAAGGACACGUUUGAGCGCGGCAUGGAGUUCCAUGCGCGCGUCACCAUGUUCGGCGAGGGCUGCCACGGCAGCCUCAGCAAGCAGGUCAUCAAGAAGUUCGACCUGCGCAGCGAAUCGCAGCCACAGACGUACGGCCUGGGCGUCAAGGAGGUGUGGGAGGUGCAGCCAGAGAAGUUCAAGAAGGGCGACAUCACCCACUCGCUGGGGUACCCGUUGCCUUACGACACGUACGGUGGCGGCUGGAUGUAUCACUUUGGCGAUAACCUGGUGUCUGUCGGGCUGGUCACGGCGCUGGACUACCCCAACCCGUGGAUGAGCCCGUAUCAGGAGUUCCAGAAGAUGAAGAAGCAUCCAUUAUAUGCCUCAGUGCUCGAAGGCGGCAAGUGCAUCUCGUACGGCGCCCGCGCGCUGAUCGAGGGCGGCUUCCAGUCUAUCCCGAAGGUCGCCUUCCCCGGCGGUGCGCUCAUCGGCGACUCGGCCGGCUUCGUCAACGUGCCCAAGAUUAAGGGCACGCACAACGCCAUGAAGUCGGGCAUGCUGGCUGCAGAGGCUGCCUGGAACGCGCUGAGCACCAACACCGACGACGGUUCCGUCUUCCUGUACGACUACGAGAGCAGUCUGCGCGAGAGCUAUAUCUGGAAGGAACUCAAGGAGGUGCGAAACCUGCGGCCGUCCUUCCACUCGCCACUGGGCAUGUAUGGUGGCAUCAUGUGGUCCGGGCUCGACACCUUCCUGCUCAAGGGCCGCGUUCCCUGGACAUUCAAGCACAAGACCAUGGAUCACGCCGCUACGAAGCCCGCCGACAAGUGCACCAAGAUCGAGUACGAGAAGCCCGACGGCAAGCUGACAUUUGACAUCCUCACCAGCGUCAGCCGCACGGGGACGAACCACGAGGAGGACCAGCCGGUGCACCUGCAGGUCAAGGACUGGGAGAAACACACCGCCGAGACGUGGCCGGCGUUCCAGGGCCUUGAGAACAGAUUCUGCCCCGCUGGCGUGUAUGAGUAUGUGGAGGACUCGUCUAAGCCUGAGGGUGUGAGAUUCCAGAUCAACGCGCAGAACUGCAUCCACUGCAAGACAUGUGACAUCAAGGCUCCGAACCAGGAUAUCAAUUGGCAGGUCCCACAAGGUGGCGAGGGCCCCAAGUACUAUAUGACAUAG